CCCAAAAACAACUGAUAGAUGCACUGCACUGCAUUAGGAAGACAAAGCCUACAACAUUUCACUGUUGCCUAUUUUGUCAACACACAUACACACACAAACCUCUAUCUCUACUAACCCUCUUUUUUUUCUUUCAAUUUUACUCAAAAUCCUCUUCUCCUUCACAAAUUCAUUCAAAAACAAAUAUGGCUUUAAAACACUCUCUCCUUCUCAUUCUUCCUCUCUUAUUUUGCCUUUUUCUCUCUCCCCCCACAUCAGGGCAUCAACAGAAUUUUUCUUCUUCUUCUUCUUCUUCUUCUUCUUCUUCUUCUUCUAAGCAGAAGGAAUUGGUAAUUGGGUCAAGACCACCACAGUGCUUUAAUAAGUGCUUAAAUUGCAAGCCAUGUGUUGCUGCUUUGGUUAUUUCUCAGCGCCAUACUAAUAAUAGUAACGAUGAUGAUCAUCUUGUUGUUUCUAACUUGGAGGCAGAUCUUCUUCCAGUUCCUAAACAUAAUGCUUAUUAUCUUCUCUCAUGGAAAUGUAAGUGUAAAGAUAAGUACUUUCAGCCUUGAGUUAAUAAACAUAAACUUUCAUUUUCCCUUGUAUCAUAUAUCUUAUAUUAAUUAUUAAUUAUUAUUAUUGGUGUUCCUCAAACCUUCUCUUUUCCUUAACACACUUUCUAUUCCUCUGUUUUUAAUUCCAAAUAUGUAAUAUGUAGGCAUCAACUGUGAAAUGUACAAAUUAUUUAAUGCGAGUAUAAGUUAGUUGUUUUCGUU